GUUGACAUUAGGGUUUGGAGUUGCAUGCAAAGGUGGUUAAUAGAUUGGAAGAUGAAUAAAGACGGCACUGCUGAAAAGUGGUUAAUAGAUUGGAAGAUGAAUAAAGACGGCACUGCUGAAAAGUGGUUAAUAGAUUGGAAGAUGAAUAAAGACGGCACUGCUGAAAAGGUAAAGUUGAGAAAAGAAUUACACAUACAUGAUGAUGAAAAGGUAAAGUUGAGAAAAGAAUUACACAUACAUGAUGAUAUUGCGUUUUCCAUUCUAUCAAAAUUGUGUAUUAAAUCUUUGAAGCGAUUUGAAUGUGUUUGCAAAUCAUGGUCCCUCUUAUUUGAUAAUCCUGAUUUCAUGACUAUGUAUCGCAAUUUUUUCUUAAAAAAGGAACAUCCUUAUUACGACGAUACAUCUUUUCUGCUCUAUGGCAAGUUAACUCGUUCGGAAAUUUUCUAUCUAGAUGAAUCAUUUGAAUUGUGGUCUGUUUCUGGAGAUAAGUUUGAGAAUAGGGUCAAAUUACUUUGGCCAUGUACUCCCAGUUAUGAUAGUUUAGAAUACUUAUAUUCCGGUCCGGAUUAUGACAUUAUCGGCUCAGGUAGUGUUAAUGGGAUCGUUUGUCUAUGGAGGGUAUUUGCAUUAUACUGCCCCAUGAAAAUUUUUGUAUUAUGGAAUCCAUCUACUCGAAAGUUUAAGCUUGUGAAAUGUAGCAGGUUGUGUAAUAUUUCUUCUGUUAGUUACAGUGCAUUUGGUUAUGACAGUGGCAGAAACGACUAUAAAGUGUUGUGUCUGAGAGAACAAGUUGAAGGCACUUAUAUUAGUAACGAUUAUACAUGGGAGAUAUAUAGUCUAAGGACCGACUCUUGGAGAAUAGUUGAUCUCCCUUUGCAUCACAUUUCUAAGAAUUGUUGCCAACAGUUGAACAUGGAUGGACUCUCUCAUUGGAUGUGUGAAAGUGUAACACAUAAUGAAAUAUAUAUCUUGUCAUUUGACUGGAGAAAUGAGGUUUUCAUUACAACACAAAUAGAUGACAACUUUGAUUUUCAAUUACUACCCACACACUUGGUGCUAUUGAAUGGGUCUAUUGCUUUGAUCUUAAAUUUACCAAACACAACUACAUUUCACAUUUUAGUUUUGGGUGAACUUACUAUUAAAAAAUCAUGGACUAAAAUGUUUAUUGUACAAGAACCCAUCCCUUUCCAUGUGAAUCUCAUCGGAGCAGGAAAGAAUGGUGAUAUGGUGUUCAAAAAAGACGACGGUGGACUCAUUUCCUUCAAUUUAACUACCCAAAUGAUUGAGGAACUUGGCAUUACAGCAAAUGGACUUUGUAAGAUCAUAAUUCAUAGAGAAAACCUUAAUUAUUCCGUUCGAAUGAAAAAGUAUUCAACCAAGUGGUAAGAAUCUUACCUUGUACCUAAGUGGCUUAUCUAUUGCACACAUAUUUCAUAAUUAUUAUCAAAUUUCUUAUUUCUUUAUAAUCUAAAGAGCAACAUGUUUCUAUGUAAAUUUCAUUACUUUCUACGUGCACUUUAUAAACCA